CACACACUUAUAUAUAACCUUGAGAACGAAGAACCUGUUCCCUCUUUGAACCGGAUUCUACCACUUGCAUGUAGUAGUAUACAUUAUUCAUUAUGAAGAUGUUCGGUCUAUACCUUUUGUUUUCUCUCUCAUCAACAUUAGCCACAGGCGACGCUAUACAAUGCAUCUCAUGUAUUGCCUUCAAAUCGGACAACGAAUUUGCCUUGAAUGCCUUUAAAUUCGUCUAUAACAAUAGUGAUAUGCUUAACCAACAAUGCCAGGACGAUCCAACCGCUGUCCAAACAACUAUCAACUGCCCCGGUUCCUGCGUCCGGGCGAAUUUCACAAUGAAGUAUGGCAUUCCCACCUUGAAUACCAGCAACAUAGAAGUCCAGUUUUUUACUCGCACGUGUAAUCCCGUAAAGAGCCUUGACACAGGUUGCAAGGAUAUUCAGGAUGGACAGGCAGUAAUGGGCCUUGGCAUCGGCUUCGUAAACCCAAAUGCGACCGUUUUCGGAAAACAAUGUGUCUGCAAUACCGAUUUUUGUAACACGGACACAAGGAACUUUCCUAACUUACCUGAAGUUCCUGCCACCAAAUGUCCCAACUGCUUUCAGGCGGAUUUUGUCUCCGGUGACCCUGAACUGGAUCGGUCUUUAAACGCUCAACCACAACACUAUCCGACCUAUCACCCAUUGUGUGGUGAGGGACCCCAAUUAUUAUCAGCCGUAGACUGCCGGGGAACCUGCCUUGUGGUACGGAUAGCAGGACAAGUGAAUUUUACCACAGAGAGGAGUAAAACUGUUGCUUAUACGGCCAUUCAACGACAGUGCAGCGGUUUCCGUACUGAAGAAGGAUGCCUGGCCGGUCCGGACAUCGGUCGUUUCGCCAUCUCCGAAUUCAUCCCUAGAAACCUACUGGGUGGAAUAGGUGUUUUCUUCCAGGGAUUGAACGCGUCAGUUUGCACUUACAGCACCGCUGAGCAGACGACAUUAGAUGGCACUUCUGGGGCCACGGGAGGCAUUACUUGGAAUUUGAAGAGCUUUACUGUGCCUUUGGUGAACGCGUCUGUUUACACUUACAGCACCGCUGAACAGACGACACUAGGUGGCACUUCUGGCGCCAUGGGAGGCAUAACUUGGAGUUUGAAGAGCGUCACUGUGCCUUUGGUCCUCUUUGUUAUCGUGACUGCUUAAAUUGAGUGGUGAAUAUCUAAGGCGUCUUUUGUAUAGUGAUUUGUUUGGUUAAUACAAAAACAGACGUGAAAGUUACGGGAAUAGAAACUUAAAGACAAGAGCCAGGACAAGGCGGAAUGAUCAAAGUGAAAAAGCCCUUCAGACUUUUUUUUUAUUAAUUAAAGAAACGGAAAUAUAUCAAUAAAAUUGUGACCAAGAUCACUGAUGACUGUGACAAUA